GAAGCAGCUGAGGGUGUUGGAAUGUGUCGGUGCUGUCGGUGAUUCGUGCUGCGGGACAAACAUGGAGGUCGGACCUCUCCUCUUCCUCCUAUGACUAUGAGCAGCGGCGCGUGCGGGAACAGCAGAGGAUCUUGGCUGUGACGCUGCGGGCACUCUGAGGCGUCCAGGUGUGGCUGCUCCACCUGCGGCUGCGCGAUAACUGCGGCAGUUUUGACGGGAUUUUUGCGCCCCCGGUCAGUUUGCGUCUGCCGGAGCUCACCAUGCCGGAGCUGAUCAGCGUCACGGAGUUCAUCGACGAGACCAAUGAAGACUACAAAGCUCCAACCACCUCCAACUUCACUACCCGGAUGGGCCACUGCAGGAACGCGGUGGGAGCUCUGGAGGAGGCUCUCGACUUGGACCGGUCUGUUCUCUACAAGAUCAAGAAGUCAGUGAAGGCCAUCAACUCGUCUGGUCUGGCUCACGUGGAAAAUGAGGAGCAGUACGUUCAGUCCAUGCAGAAGUUUGGGGAAAACUACCUGACCCGGGGUGACAGGGAUGACGGUGAUGUCGGCUCUGCCUUCAUCAAGUUUGUUGUUUUCACCAGAGAGCUGACAGCGCUCUUCAAGAACCUGCUGCAGAACAUGAACAACAUCAUCACAUUCCCUCUGGACAGUCUGCUGAAAGGAGACCUGAAAGGAGUGAAAGGGGAUCUGAAGAAGCCGUUCGAUAAGGCCUGGAAGGAUUACGAGACCAAACUAGCGAAGAUUGAGAAAGAGAAGAAAGAGAAUGCCAAGAUGCAUGGCAUGAUUCGGACGGAGUUCAGAGGAGGAGAAAUCGCAGAGGAGAUGGAGAAGGAGAGACGAAUGUUUCAGCUGCAGAUGUGCGAGUACCUGCUCAAAGUGAACGAGAUCAAAGUGAAGAAAGGAGUAGACUUCCUCCAGAACCUCAUCAAGUUUUACCAUGCUCAGUGCAAUUUUUUCCAGGAUGGACUGAAAGCUGUGGAGACUCUGAAACCAGCCGUAGAGAAACUGUCCACAGACCUGACAGCGAUCAAACAGACUCAGGACGGCGAGAGGAAGCAGCUGGCUCAGCUCCGAGACACCCUGAAGGCGGCACUGCAGUCCGAUCAGAAAGAGGACGCCCAGGCCAAACAGAACGCAGGUUACAGCCUCCAUCAGUUGCAGGGUGACAAAGCCCACGGCAACGAACGCUCUGGUUUCCUCUACAAGAAAAGUGAAGGACUGAGGAAGGUGUGGCAGAAGAGAAAGUGCUCGGUGAAGAACGGCUUCCUGACCAUCUGUCACGGGACGCCAAACAAACCUCCAGCCAAGCUCAACCUGCUGACCUGCCAGGUGAAGAGGAACCCCGAUGAGAAGAAAAGCUUCGACCUGUUCUCCCAUGACCGGACCUACCACUUCCAGGCCGAGGAUGAGGCCGAGUGUCAGAUCUGGGUGUCGGUGCUGCAGAACAGUAAGGAGGAGGCGCUGAACAAGGCGUUCAAAGGAGACCAGGACGAGGGUGAGAACAACAUCGUCCAGGAGCUGACAAAGUCCAUCGUGGGAGAGGUGAAGAAGAGAACUGGAAACAACAGCUGCUGCGACUGUGGAGCUGCAGAUCCCUCCUGGCUGUCCACGAACCUCGGGGUGCUGAUCUGUAUUGAGUGCUCAGGGAUCCACAGAGAAAUGGGGGUCCACUACUCCAGGAUCCAGAGUCUGGACCUGGACGUCCUGGGAACCUCUGAGCUGCUGUUGGCGAAUAAUGUGGGAAACGCCAGCUUCAAUGAGAUCAUGGAGGCAGCUCUGUCAGCGCAGGAAGUGACCAAACCAACUCCGACCAGCGACAUGCAGAUGAGGAAGGACUACAUCACAGCGAAGUACACCGAGAAACGCUUCGCCCGGCGGAAGUGCACCGACGCCGCGUCCAGGCUGCGGGCUCUCUACGAGGCCGUCAGGAACCGAGACAUUCUGUCGCUCAUCCAGGUCUACGCUGAGGGGGUGGACCUGAUGGAUGCCAUCCCACAGCCCAACGAACAUUUUGUGUCCACAGCUAACGAUGCAGGAGAAACACCGCUGGACAUUGCCAAACGUAUGCGACACAAAGAGUGUGAAGAACUGCUGACUCAGGCUCAGACUGGAAAGUUUAACGUCCAUGUUCACGUCGAGUAUGAGUGGCGUCUGCAAAACGAAGACCUGGAUGAGAGCGAUGACGAGAUGGAGGACAAGCCCAUCCCACAGCGGCGGGAGGAGCGCCCGGUCAGCUGCUUUGUGCCUGGAAGUGGACCCGUGCAGCCUAACCUGGCGGCGCUGGCGUGGGACGUUGCCUCCCUGGCACUGGACAAGCAGCGGCCUGCGAUCCCCAGCACCAUUAUUAGCAACGAGACUUACGGCACCAUGCUGAAUGUGAAGCUGCCACCCCCCGGCCCAACGCCCCCGCUUCCUCCCCGAGGACCCAGCAGAGGUACCAAUAAAGGCCCUUCCGUGGAAUCAGUAGGCAGACAGCGGUCGUCCUCCGACCCCCCCAACCCUCAAACGCCUGAGAGGAACUCCAAGUACGUGCUCUCAGUGGUUCCUCCUCCUCCUCCUCCUCCUCCUCCUCCUCCUGGGCCCAGCAGGAGAACCGGCAUGUUGGAGACCAAAGCCACCACAGUCAAGACUGCCCCCCUCCCUCCUCUGCCUCCCCUGCCGACAGGACUACCUACAGCACCUCCAGUCCCGCCACCGCCCUGCAUCCCACCUCCAUCACCACCCCAGCAUAAAGUUCCUCUCCUCCCACCCAGCCACCAACACAGAGGACCUCCAGGAUCCAAAGCCCCUGUCUCUCCUCCCGCAGCAGCGAGGGUUCCUCCUCCUCCUCAGAGACCUGCAGGCACGAUUCCGUUGGAAAAACAAGGUCGUCCGAUCGUAUCCCCCCAUAGUCCGUCUCCUCCACCCCGCAAACCCAGAACUACAUUUUCUAAGCAGAGGCCUCAGAGGGUGAGGGCCAUCUACAACUGUGCAGCGGACAGUCCAGACGAGCUGACAUUCAGCGAGGGAGAGCUGAUCGUGGUGGACGGCGAGGAGGACAGCGAGUGGUGGAUCGGUCACAUCGAAAGCGAUCCGACCAGGCGGGGAGUGUUUCCUCGCACCUUUGUUCACUUCCUGUCGGAGUGAUUUGUGCCUCCAACUGUGGUCAGACUGAGGGCACAUCUGGAUCCUCCUGUGGACCUGAGAGGAGAGUCCGACACCCGAAGAGAUCUGAUUGGGGUCUCGAUCUUCACUCAUGCUCUUCUUCAAAAUAUGUCGGCCUGGGUUUGAAAUGUUCUAAAAGCUAUGCAGCGGACACAAAAAGAGCAGAGCAGACCAAAAGUAUGUGAACAGUGUUCUUCAGUGAUACGUUUACACACAGCAGAGCUACGUUAGUACAGCGCCUCCACAGACAGAGAGCAGGAACUACAGCUGAACACAGUUACAGUAAAAUCCUUCACUGCCUUAAAAAAACACGACGAAACGACAGCUUUGGGGGUUUUUUUCAACUUCCUGUUACAAAACCAGCUUCAUUUAUAGAAAUAAUCUGUUUACUAUGAAAGGACUUCAUCUUCACUCUGUCAGGAUGACCUCACCGGCAUAGCGUCCACAUACUUUUGGCGGAUGUGAUGUACAUUUCUGUGGUUCUGCUGCUGGGAUCCAGUUGUUUUACAUCAGGAAAAUUUAGCUUGUUUGUAAAAGCUUCAGGAUGAAAUGAUUUUUAUUAUUUUAAGAUCAAACAUGUAAUCUGAGCAGAAAAUCUGAGUGUCCUUUAAAUUUGAAUGUAUUUUCGACUUAUUAAAAUCAUCAUAAGUGUA